UAAUAUAAACUCGUGUUUGCGAUUUCGUUUUUCACUUCGCAUGCUUUUGGAUUGGAAGACUGAGGCAUUCCAAAACAAUACUGCAGCGAGUAGCACGUGGGUUUUCUCCCGGCUCAUUGAAAUAAAACGUGUUUGUGACAAGGUGGCUUGUUAAGAAUCAAGCAUUGUAAAGUAAACCUCGAAACUGCUUGUGUUUUCUGAAACCAAAGCAUAAGAUUUUGCCGGUUUUCUGUCGUGGUAGUGAUUGGUAAGGGAUAAGAGUAGUGAAGUGCAGACGUCGCGUUGUGUGUUGGUCUUAUUAAUUUGUGACAAAAAUGGCUGCCGUGGAAGAAUCUGUCGUAAGAGCAGUCGUUCUGGAUUAUCUUUCCCGAAAAGAUAGAACAUUUGCCGAAGUGUAUCAGAAAAAGUUUAGUUCGCCGGUACUUACGAAAGGAUCUCCUCGUUUAGAGGAAAUUCUAGGCUGGUACAAAGAUAAAGGUAAAAAGGAAAUUUGCAUAUCCAAAACAGCCGAUAAAUCAAGCUCAGAAGAAGAUUCUUCCGAAGAAGAGGUGAAUCAAUUUAAAACACCGGUAAAGAAAUCAUUGACUAAUGGAAAACCGACUCCAGCAGUAAAAUCAAACGCGAAGCUAAAUGGAAACGGAUUACAAAAGCAGGAAUCAAGUUCAGAAGACAGUUCAUCUGAGGAGGAACAACCUGUUUCAAAAACGUCAAAAACAAAAGCCGCGCCAACACCGGCAAAAACACCCGCAAAAGCUGUAGCUCAACCACAGGACAAAAAAUCUUCCAGUGAAGAUUCUUCAUCUGAAGAAGAAACUGUUCCAACUAAAACACCUGUAAAAGCAACUCAGACGAAACUUGCAGCGAAGAGUACACCUGCUGCAAAGAGUACACCAGCUGCAAAGAAAACUGCGCCAGUUAAAGCUGCCUCUAGUAGUGAAGAUUCCUCUUCCGACGAAGAAGAACAAGUUUCAGCCAAGACACCGUUAAAAGUACAACAGGCGAAACUUCCAGCAAAGGCUACACCUGCUGCGAAAAAAAAUGUACAAGCAAAAACCCCUGUGGGUAAGAAGCAAUCGUCAAGUGAAGACAGUUCAUCUGAAGAAGAAACACCUAAAAAUGCAGCACCAGUUCAGGUAAAGGUUACUAAGGGUACCCCGGUUACCAAAAAACCCGAAACGAGUGACAGCGAGUCCGAUUCAGACGAUUCUGAUGAUAAAACGACGAAAAAAACCACUGCUAAAUUGCCCGUUAGUACUGCUAAAGUAGCAGUAUCCAAGAAGCAGGAAUCGUCUUCAGACAGUAGUUCGGAAGAUGAGCAGGAAACCAAGCAAAUCGUUGCCAAAAAGACUCCAGUUAAACCUGUCACAGUAAAAAAGGAUGAAUCUUCCGAUGAUUCCAGUUCCGAAGAUGAUACGCCAACUGUUAAACCAGUAGUGAAGAAACAAACACCGGCUAAAACCGUCGUCGCGAAUAAAAAGGAAUCUUCCGACGAUUCUAGUUCGGAGGAGGAAACGCCUCCUGCAAAAACAGUAGAGAACAAGAAGCAAGCAACAUCUGUUAAAACAAAAAAUCAGCAAGAAUCUAGUGAUGAAUCAUCAUCAGAAGAAGAAACACCAGCUAAUACUAAACCGGCAGUUAAAAGAGCUGCUCCAUCACAGCAGAAACAGGCAUCGUCAAGUGAAGAAUCUGAUGACAGCGAUGAAGAAGAAGAACAGUCGCCUAAAAAGAAGGCCCUCGUUGUUGCCCCAAAGGCCGAGAAAGAUGAUUCGGAUAAAAGUUCUUCAGACGAUGAACCGGAAGAAAAACCAGUUUUGAAAAAGCAACCAGUGACCAAAACCGAUAAGAGAAAGGCACAUCAUGAAAAUGAAGGAGACGAGGAGGAACCACCUGCUAAAAAACCAAACUAUAAUAACUUCGUGAAAGCAGGCGAAAGUAAUAACUAUAACAAGUUUUCUACUCCACCAAACAAACAUCAAUUCACAGUGCAGUCGAACAGCGCCGGAAGUGCUAAUAAAAAACCAUUGAAUAGCGAUGAAAAGCGGGGUAUAAACCGGUUCCGUCGCAUUCAAGAGGAACGCAUUGAGAUAGAUGAUCGAUUGCGUGACAAUUCAUAUGAAGCAAAGAAAAAUGCACGUGGAUCUUUCGGUGAGAGAGCAAAUGAAAUAUUAAAGCACACUCGGGGCAAAUCAUUCCGUCAUGAAAAAACGAAAAAGAAAAGAAGUGGCUACCGAGGAGGAUUCAUCGACAAAUCUGUUAAUUCCAUAAAAUUUGAUGAUUAGAUGGAUGUCACAUGGUAAGAAUGCUUUUAUUAUUUUUAUAAAUUAUUUUUUCCAUGUAUUGAUUAUUCGUACACGAAAUACCUUUGUAUUAGGUAAAUAUUCAUGAUUUUUUCAACCUAGCAGUGUCAUCAAAAGUUUGAACGAAAAUAAAAGAUAUUCAUACGUUAAGAUUUGUUUUCCUUUCUUCUACUAACUGCGAUAUCACAUACAUUAACUCUUAAUAAUUGAUGCGUAGCUCUCCAACAGGCUCCUAGCUCUACAACAGGCUAGAAUUAUGCAGUUAUGCUCUUCUGAUUGGAAAGGCUUUGAGUUAGAAUGGUCUAAAUACUGAAAAAGGAAGUAAAACUCUGUUCGAAAGCACGUGUAAAUCGCCAACGAUCAAAAUGGAAUCUUUCCAGGCUACUGCAAGCAAAAGAUGUUAAAAUUGGACACCCGAAAACAAUGUUCAAUGCUAAGAGAUGACGCCGCAGGGAUAGUGACAGUGGUGGGCACCGCUAAACGAAAAUUUAGCGACGCUAAUCGCUAAGCCGCUAACCGGAAAAUUUAGCUCGAUAAUCGCUAAACGCUAAACCCACAUUAGCGGAACUUUCGCUAAUCGCUAACUUUUUAAUAUGUAAAUAGUCAUAUCACUAUAUUUAUUGCUCGUGUUUUGUAAGAUUUGGACCACUUUGAUCUUUUUUGGUUAAACAAACGAAAACAAUUACUUUUUAAAGCUAAGUAUUUACAAUAAGAGGUUCACGAAACGGUAUUCAUAUUUGAUUUUGUAAAAACAAGAAUAACAACAGUUAUUUAGCUUGCAUUGAAAAUAGAUACUCUUUGGAAUGUUUUCAUAGAAAUUCAAUUAUUAUCUGAAUCGAAAAAGUAGAACCAAAGUUGUCAUAAUUUCAAGCUUUCGCUAACCAGCUCAAAAAUUAGCGAAAUUCUAGUUGAAUGUAGUGUUGGUUAUUUCACAAAAGCUGUGAAGUUAAUAUACCUAGUUUUUAAAAAGUAUAUCGUUAGUCUCUACAUCUCUUCCACCCUCUCUUCAGUAAUCGAUAUGCUUAUCUGUUAAGCAUUCUUCAAACGAAACCAUAAGAUACACGGCACCUCGUGUGAAAAUAAGCAGCAUGGAAUACGCUCUAAUUAUAGGCUAUGCUUUAUUCUUCGCAGAAAUAUAAUCUAGUUGUAUCCUUAUCUAGUGGUUUCAUUUGAAGAACGCUUAUUCUAAACUGUAUCAUAAAAUUGUUUUAAAAUUCGUACAGAAAAAUGCACGUGGAUCUUUCGGUGAGAGAGCAAAUGAAAUAUUAAAGCACACUCGGGGCAAAUCAUUCCGUCAUGAAAAAACGAAAAAGAAAAGAAGUGGCUACCGAGGAGGAUUCAUCGACAAAUCUGUUAAUUCCAUAAAAUUUGAUGAUUAGAUGGAUGUCACAUGGUAAGAAUGCUUUUAUUAUUUUUAUAAAUUAUUUUUUCCAUGUAUUGAUUAUUCGUACACGAAAUACCUUUGUAUUAGGUAAAUAUUCAUGAUUUUUUCAACCUAGCAGUGUCAUCAAAAGUUUGAACGAAAAUAAAAGAUAUUCAUACGUUAA